AUGGAGGACUAUGGGGAGUUUGUGCAGCGUCGUCUUUCCCAACUAAGGAAAAGUAAGGAGGAUGAGGAGGAACAGGACAGAUCUUCAUCAGCAUCUUCUGCCAUCCGCUUCUAUGGACGGUGCAUCCUGCCUCCGCUGCUGUCAGAGAAACAGAGAGAGGAGAUGAGGCGCCACAGAGAUGCUGUACAGAGACCCGCCGGCCACCGAAAGCUGAAAGAUGAUCCCAGAAUGACCUACAUACAAACUCUCCUGCACAGCGUCCAGCUGAGGAAGACGCCGACACUCGAGGAGUUGCUUCAAGAGUCAGAAAAUAAGACAAAGUCUUCACAUCAGCCGACCAGCAGCAGCUGCUCUGAGGUCUUUAACGGGGCUAAAGAUAGUCCUCCACCAACUCCUGCGGAGACUUCACAGAAUGGCCUUCCUCCUCCUCCUCUUCCUCCUUCUCCUCCUCCUCCCAUGACCUCCACUACCUACAGUGCCUUCUUUGCCUCUGGUCUCUCCCCUCAGCACCGUUACCAUGAAGGAUGCCUCACCGACCAAUCGGGGUCACAGCCAUGUUCCUUCAGUCACCCCUCGGCGUCCUCAGGUUACGUGACCUUUGACCCCUCGGCUACCUGUGGGGAGGCCCACUCGCCUUGUCCCUCCGUGGACGGCUUUUACCUGCACAGCGUCCCACAAACCGUCACCAGGAUGCCCGACAUCAUCAGCCACCCGCCCAUGGACGGGGCGGAGUUAGAGAGAAGUGGGAUGGAGUCGCCUUUCUGUGAAAGCCCAACGGGAGUAACGGACGUUUUCGGCGUCUCGUUUCAGGAUGAUUCAGUGAUGAGUGACCAGCAGGAUAAGGAUGAGAGUCUUAAUUUAACGAUUCUUAAUUCUGCCGAGCAGGAAAAUGUAGACGCAGAUGAGGGAUCGGUUUCAGCGUUUUCAGGGAAAAGUGACUUUUCUGACAAUCCACAAUUAUCCCAGAAAUUAGGCUCCCCUUACUCCAAAAUGUCCGACCAGAAAAACCCAGACGAACCGGAACCGGUCGAGGAAACCGACCCGAACACGGCGGAGGAGCUCUAUCCUCUGAGUCUCCAGGCCUUACUGAAGAAGUCUCAGGAGUAUCGGCGGCGCCAGCGGAUGCUGAGGAGCCAAUCCAGAGCCAGCAGAGCCCAGCGGGGGGGGGGGAGCCUCUCCGAUAAGGAGAACGAAGACUUCCGGCACGGGGACGCCGGGACGAGAGAGGACAUCCUAACUCGGAAAUCCUGGGAGGUCCAGGGCCCCCCGGAGGGCCGGGUCCCGUCAAAAAGUGCAAACCUGAACACUGAAAAUGGACACUUCCCAGAAGAUAGACGUAAAGAGGAAGACGAGACUCUCCAAAACAAUAAGCGGAAUAGUUCCCAGGAGCCUGGACCAGGAGGGGCCUCCAUCCAGGGGCAGCUGUCGGGGGGGCGGUCUGAAGAAGGCGGGAAACAUCGCACCGUUCCAGCCCUCAGCUUCUGCCGGAGUCCCGUUCCCUGCAAAGGAAAAGGCAUUCCCAAACAGGAGGAAGCUCCCGGUGGGGAGAAGCCCUCGGAGGAGGCGGCUAAAGCUAAGCUCAGACCCCUAAACGGCCACCAGCCUCCUCCUCCUCAUCCUGUUAAUGGUCUCCUAGGCAACAGCUCCCAGCAUCUGGACGAGCUGGAGUCUCACCUGUCCGGUCUCAAGGUGCUGAUCACAGAUCUGGAGUCCACGGUGAAGGAAAACCUGGACGAUGGCUGGCAGAGGGAGCCCGGUCCGAAAGGCCCCGGGAUCCCGGAUCCGACCGAUUUUUACUCCUUUCUACUCGGCAAGGAGAGGGCGAGAAGACACCCGCUCGUCAAUCUGGAUAACAUCCAGAAGGAUUUGGGGCCGGAGGAAGCUCCCACAGAUCAGGAGAGGGAGGCCGAGAGGCUGCAACUAAAUGGGGGGAAGCAGAUGAAAAGCUCAGCUCCAGAGGGAGGAAAACUAAAGGAGGGGAAGGGCUCCAGACGGAUCCAGCCGCCUGUGAGAAGCUUCCUGUCUGCUGCACAGCAGAUGCGGAUCCCGGACUUCUUCAGAGUUAUUCCUCCGGAAAACGGCGUCUGUCCCGAGGAGAGACGAGGAGAGAAGAGCUCCGCCCCCUCGCCGUCCCUCAAUCGGUCGUACGACGUGAAAAGGAGGCUGGUCAUGCAGGCGGGCGAGAGCCCGGAGAGGAACCCGGAUAUGAUCAGACCGAGCUCCAGCACGCCCAAAGCGCGUUGGUGCGACGGCCCCGAGGUCCAGACGGACCAAUCAGAGCGCCUGCAGCAGGCCCACGCGGCUCAGAUCAGGGCUUUACAAACAGAGCACCACAAACAGCAGCAGGACCUCCUGCAGGUGAGAACCAGCCAGAGAGAGGCUGAAAGAGAGACCUGGGGGAGUAAAACAAGUGGGCGGGCGGAAGGGCGUUGGUGCGACGGCCCCGAGGUCCAGACGGACCAAUCAGAGCGCCUGCAGCAGGUCCACGCGGCUCAGAUCAGAGCUUUACAAACAGAGCACCAGAAACAGCAGCAGGACCUCCUGCAGGCCCUGGCCGCCCACUACAGUCGUCUCCGGGGUUUGUCCCUCUUUUCCUGCUCUGGUCCCGGGGAGACUCUGACCUUCUCUCAGGUCAGCCACGUUCAGCAAGCAGUCCUGUGUGCAGUAGGGAGCCCCUCCUGUUGUUCUGAACCUGUGGCCAUCCUUUGUAAAACAUGCACUCCGAUGGUGAUGAUUCUAGCCGUGAUUGUUCACAGCGAGCCCAAUAACCUGCGUCCCUCCUUCCCCCUAACAGACGAGCGUGGCCUGGAGGAGGAGGGCCGCCAUCCAUCCAGAUCUGCUCCUGUUCCCGCCGUUUAA